UUUCCCUUUCUAUUGUACAAAGUAAUUCCUUCAGUCAAAGCUUGGAGUAAAAUUCAAAUAAAAACGUCUUUUCAUAACGACAAAUGUGAUCAUGGAGUUUGCACGAAUUCUGUCUGAGCGAUAUUCCGAACGAUUACUCCCUAAUACUAUCGCACAGUUAAUUGCUGCUGCCUUUGGAAUAUUCGGAAACUCUCUUGUUCUUUUGAUGUACUCUAGAUACGUAAAGGAUAAAACGGCUUCUCGGUUUUUCAUUCCAAUUCUGGCAUUUGUGGAUCUUGCAGGAUGUGUUUCCAAUGUGACCGAAUUUCACAUUGACAACACCAUGCGUUACAUAUACCCUAGUGAGAUUUUAUGUAAAACUUUGAGUUUUUUAAUCAUACUGACCGGGGGAAUGUCAGCGCACUUAAUUUUUACGAUAGCAUUACAGAGAUAUUUAAUCAUCUGUCGUCCGUUUGGUCCGCAAAUGUCGACAAAAUCAUGCAAAAUUGCUACCUUGAUUAUAUUUCUAAUAUCAGUGGGCUAUUCCGCUCCAAUUUUGAAAUUCAGCGGAAUAUAUAGACCAUCUUCAUUAACAAUGUGUCAUUUCGAUGAUGGAAGCAAUGGAAACAGUGUAAUGAUCCCGUAUUUUGGAACUUUUCUCAUUCUUUCUUUUAUCAAUAUCAUCGUUACUUCCGCUCUGUACAUUCCUGUGAUCAAGACUAUCUAUAAAACAUUGUCACUUCCCAAACAAAAUCGAACAAGUACUAUACAGGACGACGGCACUGAUAUCUCAUCUAAAGAAACACAGGAUGUUAGUGUUGAAAAUAUUGCAAUGGUGAAUCUUCCACCAAAUAUUGUGAGAACACAUAAUACUGAACCCCCAAACACCUUAACGACCGACGGAAACCGGGAACAAAGAGCGCGAAGGAAUAUCAGCGUCAUGUUUCUCGUCAUCAUUAUUGUCUACGUAGUUUCAUAUCUGACGUCACUGGUUACACAGGUCUACACUUUCGUAAACCCCACAAUGGUCAUAAGAGGGUUCAAAUUAAAUGUUUACUAUUUCUGUCUGCGCUUUAACCUUCUGAAUCACAUUGCUAAUCCAUAUAUAUACUGGUUUUUUGACAAUAAAUUCAGAAACGAACUUCGGAAAAUUUGUUGCGAGAAAAUUUUCAGAAGAUAUUCAUUUUCAUUGUAAAUUUUGUGUCCUAUUCUACACACAGAUGGAAUUGUGAAUUCAAAAUUUUGUUUUCAGUAUACAUUUUGUGUGACUUUUAAGAUUUUAAAUUCAUUAAUGAUCAGUUUGUAUUACAUAUUC